AUGACAAUAUUUGGACACCUCCAUCUGCUGCGAGUUAUUCCAUUGAGGGCUGUAACUUUUUGCAUCAAUAACACAAUGUUAUCUGCAAGUUCUAGCUCCGCCAACCUUCUGAUCACCCAUCACAACCACACUAAGGCUAUAGACUCAAGCAAGAAGGUGCUAGUGGGUGUGUGCCAGAUGAAUGCUACGUCCAACAAGGCUGAUAACCUUCAGACCAUUCUGGAUCUAGUAGCUUCAGCAGCUGGUCGAGGAGCUCAGAUGGUGUUCCUGCCAGAAGCCUGCGAUUACAUUGGUGAAUCCAAGAACCAGUCUGUUGAAUGCUCAGAGCCUCUCGAUGGCAACUUUAUACACCAGUGUCAGAAAGCGGCCAUCCGAAAUAAAGUUUGGCUGUCUAUUGGAGGAUUUCAUCAGAAGGCACCAGAACAAGAAAAGUCAAAGCUCCUGAACACGCACGUAAUCAUUGACCUUGAUGGAAAUGUGGUGGCCACCUAUGACAAGGCCCAUUUGUUCGAUCUGGAUAUACCUGGCAAGGUGCAUCUCUGUGAGAGUGAUUAUGUCCUUCCAGGCAAGAAGAUUGUUUCUCCGGUUCAGACUCCUGUCGGCAGAAUUGGCCUAUUAACUUGCUACGAUGUCAGAUUCCCUGAGAUAUCACUAGCCUUGGUUCAGCAAGGAGCCCAGAUCAUCACUUACCCAUCUGCCUUCACUCAAACCACAGGCAUGGCUCACUGGGAGAGCCUGCUUCGAGCCCGUGCCAUUGAGACCCAGUGCUACGUUGUUGCUGCUGCUCAGACGGGUAAACAUAACCCCAAGAGGUCUUCAUAUGGUCAUGCAAUGGUUGUUGAUCCCUGGGGUGCUAUUAUAGCACAGUGCAGUGAAGGAACAGGUGUGUGUGUGGCAGAAUUGGAUUUAGAGUACUUGGAAAGAGUACGAUCAGAGAUGCCGGUCCGGCUACACCGACGUACCGACCUGUAUGGGCGGAUAGCAGCUCCAGAAUCUCAGAUUUCUACUAUCCCACCAGAUGACUGCCACAGCUACCAGUUUGGCCACCUCAAAAUAACCUCAAACCAGGUGAUCUAUCGUACAUUAUUGUCAUUUGCGGCAGUCAACAUCAAGCCUGUUGUUCCUGGACAUGUCUUAGUAGUGCCAUUACGUGCGACUGCCCAGUUUUCUGAUCUCAGCCCUGCAGAAGUGACUGACCUGUUCCUGACUGCUCAGCGAGUGGGAGACGCAGUAAAGAAACAUUUUGGGGCCACUUCCAGCACACUGGCUAUACAAGAUGGGCCUGAAGCUGGGCAGACUGUUAAACAUGUUCACCUCCACAUUUUGCCAAGAAAGCAGGGAGACUUCAAGGAGAAUGAUGACGUCUACCAGCAGCUGGAAUCUCAUGACCAAGACUGGACGCCCAUCACAAAACUGCGGACACAAGAGGAAAUGGCAGAAGAAGCUGCUCAUCUCCGGCAGUAUUUCUACCACAGUUAA